UUCGAUCCAAACAAGGAAAUAAAACGACAAAUUCAUCAACAAAAACGACUUAUCAAUAACCAAAAGCAAAGUACAUCAUGCUCUAUUCUAAUUUUUAACUUUAAACUUUCUUCAUCUUCUUAUUCUUUCUUCUUCUCACAUUCAAAUAAAAAUCCCGCUACCCUUUUCUUUAUCAUACUCAAAUUCAAAUCUUUUGAUUCUUCCAUUGCUUUUUAUCAUUGGAGAUCUCUAGAGUUUCAUAAUCAGAAAAGAAAAAAGAAAAAGAGCACAAUUGAUCAGUUUCUUUCUUCCUUUCUUUUCUCUACAAAAUUAUUAUAAACAUGAAGCUCUUCACAUCAUCAUCAUCAUCAUCAUCCUCAUCACCUUCGUCUUCAUCAACUUUUAGUUUCGACCCAACAUUUUGCAGCUCGAAAACUAUAGCUGCAGGGUGUUUCACAGCCAUUUUUCAUAGGAUUAGAGAGUUUCAUUCAAAGUUCACAAGUGAAAAAGUUCAAAAGUUCAAAACUAACACUGCAAUUAAUAGUACUAUAACUUCUUCUUCGUUGUAUUCGUCUUCGUCUGGUAUAGUUGCGAGGUUAAUGGGUUUGGAUUCAAUGGCAGAGAAUAAGAUAGAGAUAUGUUCUGAAUCAACACAAAGUUCAAAAGUUCACUAUGUGUCACAAGGUUUUCAAUUGCUUGAGAAUGAGAACUUUUUGGUGUUUAGCUUUGAAAGUGGAGGUGAGAGUAGAAAAUUCAAGUCCAAAGGGAGAAAAAGAGAAAAAGGUUGUGUUGAUUUGAAGAAGAGAAGAGAAGAGAGAGAUGAGGUGAAGAAAAACAAGAGAGAAAUGGUGAAUGGUGGUGAGUUUCAGUUUGAGAACAGUUUGUUUAAGGAAGUUGGUAAUGGUGAGAAAGUGAAGAAGAGAAAGAAAGGAAAAACAUGUUUUGUAGAAAAUAAGGUUGAAAAUGAAAUUGGUUCAGAAGAUUCUAGUCCUGUUUCUGUCUUUGAUUUUGAACGGGAUGUUUCUGGAACAGAGGAAGAUCUUUGUGAUGUUGCUAUGAGUUGGAGAAGAAAAUUAUCACCGGUGCUUGAAAAUGACAAGCUCUAUAUUCAACAUUCUGAUAGUAACUUGAUGAAUGAAGAGAUGGAAGUUGAGGAAAUUGAGAACAACGUGCAUGAAGAAUCAAAGAAAAAAGAGAGACAAAACAAUGAGUGUGUAGAUAUUUGGAGUAAAAUUUGCAGACUAGUUGAAGAUGAAUUGGUUGGCUCAAAUUUGCAGGAAAGAAAGAGGAGACAAAGUGAGUUUGAAAGUUUAAGUGCUGAUUUAGAGUCUGAGAUUUUAGAUGAUUUGCUAGAUGAGCUUAUAAAUCAAUUUGAUACUUCUUUGUAAUUUUCUAACUGAUGCGCGCAAGUGCAGAUUCUAAUCCUUUAAGACAGAGAGAAUACUAGAAUGAUCUGCAAAAUUAGAUUCUCUAAUUAAGUCGAAAAAGAUCUUUUAAGAUUAACUUUAGAAUAUGUAAACCAAGUAAAUUAAUGAAGAGUAAAUAUUUUAA